AUGACAGCCUUGACCCCAGAGCAGCGAGAGCUGCAGCUCGUCGAGAGCGUCGAGUUUAAGAUCCUUGGUGUUGCCAACGAUGAAGAGAAGCUGUGUGACCUCUUGGGCCGCUAUCUGGCUCCGAUCAUUCUCAAAGCAGAGAGCAGCAACCCUGCCGUCAGAGUCAAGGUCAUACAACUCUUGGGUCGACUCCGGACAUUCAUCCAACCUCCAAGUGUCGUCCUGCCCGUGAAGGCGUUACUUACACAAUACAAAACCACCGACUCCGGAAUAAUCAAGCAACUGGAUUUGCCAUUCAUCCAACACAGUCUCAGUCGGCUUGAUGACGACGACAGACGAGAUCUGAUCCCCAUCGCACUCAAAGGGUGCUCCAAGGAUGAAGGCCAAGCAAGGGCUGCCCCCUUUUUCAACAUCAUCCUCCAACUUCUCUUUGAUGUCCGCAUACCUUCGCGCGGAAGUAAAGAAGAUGAUGGCUUCAGAGCUGCCAUGGGCUUGGAAGACGCGGCUGAUGCACAGUAUCUUGCCAAGAUGCUCUCUGUCUUUUUACGACUACGCCCUCCUACCCCUGAACGAACACUGGCCGAAUCAAAUCCGACUCUCUCCGAGGACGAAGCGAGAUUCUUCUCCGUCGAAGGCCCUGGAUCUGACAAAAUCUUCCAGAACAUAUCCCAGUUAAGGGCAAAAGUUGUCACGUUCCUCGCCAGCGCAGCCUUCGCCGAUGAGGAAAAGUUCCUUCCAGCGUUGUAUGCCUCCUCCAGCCCAGAUACCAGAGUGGCAUCUCUUGCGGAGGAGAUUAUCAAGAGGACUUCAGUCUCUCUUGAAGAAGAAGACUUGGUGAAGAGGCUGUUUGAGGCACACGCCCGACUUCCUGCUGCCUAUCGCACACGGAUUCUUGCCCUGCUUUCCAAGUCGACCCUUGCUACGAGUAUGUCAGAGAGCAUCAUGAAUGUGGUCAAGCUCGACUUCUUGCCAGAAUCUGCGCAAGAAGCUUCAGCAAGUGCACUUAAGCCAUCGAGCGCCUUGGAGAAGACAAAGCUACACAAGGCUUUGUUCCAGUUUCUGUCAUGGGUCGCUCAAGUUGGCCCUUCGAACAAAGACUUCUCGAUUGGUCCAAGCCUUAUCAAGAGCAUGCAGAGCUACAUCGAGUCCCAAGGAUGGCCCGUUCCUGGGCAGCAGGUGACACAUGACGAGCUCCAGCUUCGCUCAAGAGGCUACGAAACUAUCGGCAUGCUUGCGCGAUCUGUUGAUAUACCCUACAAAGAGCGAAUAGCCCUCGCAGCCUGGCUCUUUCAGUCUCUGUCUGAGGAUACGACCAACGAUGCCGUGGUCAAUAUUGACGGCGCGCUGUCAAGUCUAACGGCAAACAUUCCCGAGCACAUCGCCGAUGAGGAUCCUGAAUUGAAGAACAUGCUCCUCAAAUACAUGUACCUUGCGGAAAACGAACCCGCCGUCCGGAGUACUCGCCAUGCGGUUGUCAAAUGGGCCAAUGAGUGUCUGCCAUUUAACAACAUAUAUGCUCGAUGGAUCAACUUCUUGGCCGUCGCCGGUCGACUCAACGAGCGAAGCGACGUGGUUGAGCAAGGACAAAAGGGUUUGGACCCAUGGACAUACUCUGCCCACAGCGAGAUAGCUCCUGUCUUGCCGGACUGGCGGAUGAUGGCCUUACACUACUUUACCAAACCCAUCAAUCCUGCGGCAGCUGGCGAUUCUGAACCAGGUCCUGGGGCAACGGCGCUUCCCAACAGCCACAUUUUUGACAACUUCAGAAGCUGUAACAUUCAGGCAUUUGCUCUGGUCAUUCGGUACUGCAAGCAGAUGAUGUUCCUCACGGCGCUGGAGGACUUCAAAGUUCAGCCCGACUGGAUGCAGGCACUCAGCGCACAGAUCAAGACGAACAUCAAGACUCGUGAGAAGAUUCGAGACUACCUGAAAUACGUCGACAGCUCCUUCAUCGAAAUUUACCUCAGUGCAUGUCUUCUUGGCGCUUUUGUCGAGGAUGCUCCCAUAACAGAAGAGUGUCUUCGCUCGUUCGUCGACGUCGCAUCUCUGACACCAAGAGUCGUUGUUGGACAUUUUGCCAAGAAUAGUGCCACAAAGCUGCUGCCUCUUAUCAAAUCCAACAAGAGCGAAAUUCGGCACUUGGCUGCGAGGGCCUUGGGCAUUUUGGGGGCCCAUCCGGCCGUGGACCUUGAUGAGAUCCAGAAUGCCGGUACUACUCUGAACGCUCUGUUUGAGAAGGCUACCACUGCUGUUGGACCAGAUCUGAAUGCUGCUGAAGGAGCCCUUGCUGCCUAUGGAUAUCUGUGUUCUCGAUCGGUCUUCUACAACCAUGCAUCUGUCAAUGAAUGGAAGUAUCCGCUGCAAAUCCUCGUCGAAGAGAGUGUUCCACCGUCCUUGUUCGACGCAGCUGUCGACGCUUUCACCCAACUCUGGCUGGCAAAGCUUGCCAUUCCUCCCAAAGAGGGUGCCACUUCUCUUGACAACGUCAUCAAGAAGCUGUCUGAGAAAGCCAAGAAAGGGAACGAGAAGGCAAUCGUCGCUCUCGGAAUGUUGGCAGCAAGCAUACCAGACUCCGAGCUUCCAGAAUCACCGACAUCGUGGUCAGAAGGCCCCGUUGGCACUAUCCUGAAGGAACUAUUCGCUCUGCAUGAGAACAAACGAGUCGAGGUUCAGUUCACUGUCGGUGAUGCAAUCACUAUUGCCACUGCUCGCUGGGACUCAGACUAUGUGAAGCUCAUUGUGGACGUCGAAUAUCGAACCCGCGACUUCCAAAGCAAAUACCGAACUCCUCUACUUGCAAGUGCUCUAGACAAGCUCUUUGAUGACUGCAAAGCAACCAAGCCAUCACUUCUAAAGGCUUCAGGCAUAUGGCUUUUCUGCAUUGUGCAGUAUUGUUCAGGCAUUCACGAAGUCAACUCUCGCCUCCGACAGGCACAAGCCGCCUUUAUGCGUCUUCUGAGUUCGCGAGAUGAACUUGUACAGGAGACUGCUUCGCGUGGCCUCAACCUUGUCCAUGAACGUGGGGAUGAGCAGCUCAAGGCGGCUCUGGUGAAGGACCUCGUGGCUGCAUUUACCGGCUCGACCACGCAACUGAAGGUGGAUGAGGAGACCGAGUUGUUCGAACCAGGAGCACUACCGACUGGCGAAGGAAGCUCAGUCUCAUCGUACAAGGACAUCGUCAGCCUUGCGAAUGAAGUCGGCGACCAGCGGCUUGUCUACAAGUUCAUGGCUCUAGCGGCCAAUGCAGCUACAUGGUCGACCAGAUCAGCAUUUGGACGCUUCGGUCUCACUAAUAUCCUCUCAGAUGCCGAAGUCGACCCCAAGAUAUACCCAAAGCUCUACCGCUACCGAUUCGACCCCAAUACCAACGUCCAACGAUCGAUGAACGAGAUUUGGAAGGCGUUGGUCAAGGAUCCAAAGAUGGUGAUGGACGUUCACUUUGACGCCAUCAUGGAAGAGCUACUCAAGAGCAUACAUGGGCGAGAAUGGAGAAUGCGAGAAGCCAGCUGCGCUGCCAUUUCCGAGCUGCUAACCGGCGUUCCUUUCCAACGGUACGAGAAAUACUACAGAGAAAUCUGGGCCAAGGCAGUCAAGGUCUUUGACGACGUGAAAGGGAGUGUCAGGGAAGCUGCAUUCCGGCUCUGCAGAAGCCUUUCCAAUACUCUCGCCCGGCAAUUGGAAGAGGGCACUCAUGAAGCGUCGGCCAAUGCCAUGAUGAAGGAGGCGCUCCCCUUUCUCUUAUCCGACAAGGCCGCGGAGAGCUCCGUCCAAGAGGUUCAAGUAUUUGCAAUCAUCACCAUCAUCAAAGUUGCGCGCCACGGCGGAAAGCAUCUGAAGCCGUUCAUCCCAGAGAUGGUGCCAAAGCUCCUAGGUCUUCUCAGCACCAUCGAGCCUGAUCGUAUCAAUUACUACUACCAGCAGGUAGGAGAAGAUAGCCGAGAGCAGAUUGACAAGUUGCGUUCCAGAAUGGUUAACGCCUCCCCCAUCUCGGAAGCUAUAGAUAACAUCCUCCGCUUUGUUGAUGAAGAUGUCAUGACAGAGUUGGCUCCGAGACUCGAGGAAACGAUCAAGAGUGCGAUUGGCUUGCCAACCAAGAUUGGCUGCAGCAGAGUCCUGACGGCUCUCUUCACUCGCCAUACGAACGAGAUCAAGUCUGUGUCUACCCAGUUUUUGGAAUUACUUGGCAAGCAGGUGCUUGACAAGAAUGACGAAGUCAGCCAAGCAUAUGCCCGCGCCGCUGCGUACAUUAUGAGAGUUGUCUCGGACAGCGCCAAACAACGAUUCUCGGAGCGCAUGCUGAAGCUUUAUCUACAAUCCGAAGAAGAGAGCCGCCGCCAGAAGGUUUCAGACGUCAUCGUUGCCCUUGCCAAGGUGUCUCCUGAUCACUUCACUACCCAAGAGACGAUCCUGUUACCAUUUGCAUACCUCGGCUCUCACGAUGUGGACGAAUACACCAGCAAGGUCUUCCGAGAGGUGUGGGAUCAACAUGCUGGCAGCAAUCGAACCGUCGUUCGCUACGUGCCGGAGAUUGUCGAUCUUGUUGAGCGCUGUUUGGCUACUACCCAAUGGGCUCUGCGACACACCGGCGCCUUUACCGUUGCCGCCAUGGUCUCAGAUGUCGCCAGCGCCAGUGAUGCCACAGGGGCUAUUGCAGAGGCCAACCUGAAGGCUAUAUGGCCUGUUUUCGAGAAGGCUCUUGCUCUCAAGACGUUCCCAGGAAAAGAAAAGCUGUUGGAGGCAUUCCCCGAGUUCAUCGAAAAGGGCCAAUCUUUGUGGAGGUUCAACUCUGAGAUUGCAGCCCAGAUGAAGAAGAUUGUCAUUCGCGAAGCGAAGCGAAACAAUGACGAAUAUCGUGUUCAUGCUUUCCGCUGUCUGUGGAGGUUCUCAAAGGCGAUGGACAGCUUUGACAUUUUCCAGGACAUUGUGGACAUUGUCACGCCCUACUUGGAGGACCACAAAGAUGACAAUAAGAUGGAUGUGGACUCUAAAGAGGUGACUGUGACCAAGACUGCAAUGAAUGGAUUGGAGGCCGUGGCACGCGGAUACAGCCGCUCGUCGGAUAGACGUGCUUCUGCAGUCGCCAACCAGGUUAUCAAGGCUCUCGAACCGUUCCUCUCGAGCCCAAAGUUUAGCUACAUCAAGCGAGAGGUCUGGUACGACGCAGUCAUUGAUCUGAUGAAAGACCUUGCGACCUCGGAGCCUCCGGCUGAAUCGACAUCACUGGAUAACGACGGUGUCCUGCAGGCGUACCUUGGUAGCCUCGACGUUGACAAGGCCGAAGUUGGCGUGGAGUCUCAGAGGCUCAAGAGAGCGGACGCGGUUUCCGCAACACUCAAAGCAUACAUCAGUGGCGUAUUUGGGAAGUCUCCUGUGCCGCUGGCCGAAUUUGAGGCUGCUGUGGCCAAAGCCAAGGAGGAAGAGCGAGUCCCAGAGGUGCAAAAGGCCUGGCAGCGAGUAAUGACGGAAUUACAUGAAGCACGUGGUUGA